AUGACUGGCUGCAAUGCUUCCCAGGGCCACCCCCCUUUCUUCCUUCUCCAAGGCAUUCCUGGGAUGGAGGACAAACACAAGUGGAUCUCUCUUCCUUUCUCUUCCAUGUACUUUGUCACCAUCCUGGGGAACUGCACCAUCCUCUUCACCAUCUCCACAGAGCGCUCCCUGCAUAAGCCCAUGUUCCUGCUCCUUGGCAUGCUGGCCCUCACGGACCUGGGCAUGUCCACGACCACCAUCCCCAAGGUGCUGUGCAUCUUCUGGUUUGACCAGAGUGACAUCAGCUUUGAGGGCUGCCUGGUCCAGCUGUUCUUCCUCCACUCCAUCUCUGCCUUGCAGUCUGCCAUCCUCAUGUCCAUGGCCUUUGACCGCUACGUGGCCAUCUGUGAGCCCCUGCGCUAUGCCACCAUCCUUUCCAACAGCCGCAUCGGGCUCAUCGGCCUCGUGAGUUUAGUGAGAGCUGUCCUGCUCAUUCUCCCCAUGCCCAUCCUCCUCCAGCAGAUGCCCUUUCAUGCCAGGCAUGUCAUCCCCACCACCUACUGUGAGCACAUGGCCGUGGUGAAGAUGGUGUGUGUGGACACCACAGUCAACAGGGUGUAUGGUCUGGUGGUGGCCUUGUUGGUUGCUGGGGUAGACAUCUCAGCUAUUGCCUCAUCUUAUGUGCUGAUCAUCCGGGCUGUAAUGCGGCUCUCUUCUCAGGAAGCCCACCAGAAAGCAGUAAAUACCUGCACCACACACAUCUGUGUCAUGCUUCUUUAUUACACUCCCCCUCUUUUCUCUUUUCUUGCUCAUCGCUUUGGCCAUGGCAUUCCACCUCAUGUGCACACCAUUCUUGGCAGCCUCUACUUCCUUGUACCUCCAAUGCUUAAUCCUAUUAUUUAUGCAGUGAAAACCAAAGAGUUUCGGGACAAAUUGACAAAACAUGGGUGCUGGAGGAAGGAGCCCAUAAAUAUUACCUAUGGUCAGAAACCGGUCUGA